AGCCUGCUGUCUGUGGUGCUGAAGCGGCGCGUGCUGGGGACUGGAGCACCAACACACAAUCGAGGCAUCCUCUCGCGGGAUGGUCAGAGGAGCAACGAAGUAGAUAGAAGAAGAGUGUUUGCAAUUCAGGAAUCCAGGCCAAUUAUUUGUGAUUUAAAAAAAUAUAUAAAAUACAAUUUACAGUAGUCUGAAUUUGUGUAAGCUGUUUUGAUAGCAUAUAGCCUAUUUGCGCUGUACAUGUUAGGUUUUUACACAGCCCUCUCUCUAAAUUAUUUCGCUCUCAUCCUUAUUGUUGUUGCCUGCCCGUCUCGGGCAUUCUUUAUGCACAGCAAACUGAUCCAGUUCUCUCCGAGAAAAUAGACCUUCGCGUCGGAACAGCAUGGCCCGGUCCAGUCGCACCAACUGAGAGAGAUGGAAGCCAAGCAGCACUCCAUAAAGAGCCUGAAGAGCUACCCAGAGGCGGGGGGCCGGAGCCUGGCGGCGGCCGCGGGAGACGUCGGUGGUGGAGGAGGGUGUCGUGCCGGCUCGGCACAGAUGGAGAUGGAGGCAAACAUACAGAAAGCCAUUGACUUCAAGGUGGAGGGCCACCGUUGCUACAAGGAGAAGAAAUUCCGGGAAGCGAUAGGGAAGUACCACCGGGCUCUGCUGCAGCUGAAAGGGGUACAUUUAGUGGAUGGAACCACGGGCUCCGAGGUCAACCUCCUGAGCCAAGCCGCGGUCAAACUGACGGAGGAGCAGCGGAGAACUGUGGAGAUCACGGAGAUCGAGUGCUACGACAGCCUGACAGCGUGCCUGUUGCAGUCAGAGCUGGUGAACUACGAGCGUGUGAAGGAGUACUGCCUGAAGGUGCUGGGCCACCAGAGGGACCACUUCAAGGCCAUGUACCGCGCUGGCAUCGCCUGCUACCACCUGGGCGACUACGAAUGUGCCCUGCGCUACCUGCGUGACGCUAAGAACCGCGAGCCCUCAGACACAAACGUGCUGCGGUACAUCCAGUUGACGGAGAUGAAGAUGAGUAGGGAGGGCCAGCGGGAGCGAGAGAGCGGCAAAGAGGCCCUGGGCUAACCUUUGACCUUUUGGCCUCUGUCACUAUGGCCUACUCUAUGACCCAUCCUACAUCUCCUCUCUGACCUCCUCUCCUCCUUUAUCGAGCCUAGUCUUGUUGAUGACUAGCCCCAGCGAUGCGCUGCAACCAUGUAAAAGAACAGGGCAGAAAAAGCCCUGUCUCUCCCCCUCUCUUCUCCUCCUUGUCUCUCUUCUUCCCCCCAGGUGCUGUUGUUCUGUACCCACGAUGCCGACUGCCAAGCCAACAAAGAAAAAACAAAGCAAAGGGAAAUGCUGUACUGUACUCAUACAAAACAGUCAUGGCUGUCUGAAUGAAAAAAAGCGUAAAAAAAUAUAUGAACAAAGAACAUUGCGUGAUUUAGUAGAAGUGUAAUUUAAACAGAAAAAUAAAGUAGAAUUUCUUAUUUUCUUUUUCGUUGUGAGGACUGAGGAGAGGUCCAGGGUUGGGAAAGGUACCAGGGGAGGGCAAUGGAAGGAGUUUGGGAGAAAGGAAGAGGCGUGACACAUAUCAAGACGUUAGGCCAAUUCAACUGUACACCCUGACCUCGCCCUAUUACAAUGGAGGUCUGAAAGCCACUGACCCAGACUGUCCCCCCAGCCUCAGCCCGGCUAGAGUACAGAUCAGGCUAGCUAGCACGCUACGUCUCUGUCUUUUUCAUUAUGGAAUAGUCUUCAGACAAGCCUGCCUUUGCGCUCAUAUUCAAUCUUCUUUUUUGUUUUCAGCUUUUAGUGUCUCGUCUGAGUUUCUGGACUGUUUUGAAUUCAAGGGCUAAUUCAAGUGUUUGUAAUUUGUCCUUUGAUCGUUUUUUAUUUUGCUGUUGAUAUUACAUUGUACUUACUACUAUCAGUUGUUAUAAAGCAAAAUGUGUGACCUUUCUCUCUCUAAAGAACAAAACAAACUAACUCCCCAACAGGCUCGCUGUUCUGCUGUUAACUGGUGUGUUUAUGUGAACUGGUGUCUUGAAUCUGUCGUCCAUUCCCACCUGGAAUGUGUUGUGUUGUCAGACUGUUACCCCCCUGCUUUCUAGCUAAUGAUGUCACUAUGGAAAAUAGCCAGUGGGAUUGAGGUUCCAACAAGCACCCUUGGCUGCACAGAGUUCUCUUCUGCUUUCUACUCUGAAUUUCUACUUCCAGGCCCUUUAUCGCUAAUGCUCACUCCUCCCAGACAUCAGUGACAUCACGAGACACUCUGGCCAGCGUUAGUGCAGGGAAUCCGAUCACAGAUACUGUAUCCUUCUGAAGUGUCUCAACCAUCAACAAGGAGUGUGCCAUUUGAGAUUCCCAUUUAAUUGUGUAUAUUUUGAUAGAUAUCAGUGUUGCAACAACAAAAAAAUGUAUGAAAAAAAAAACCAUUUCAAAAUGGGCUGUCUCUGUAGGCAGAUUACACAAUACUAGUGCUAGGCCAAGACAAGUGAGGAUUGUGGUUGGGGCAAGACCAGCUAAUGACAUAUUACACAUACAGACCCAUCAUGCCAUUGCAUACUUUCUCAAGACAAAUCCCAUUGAGGUUGAUAAAGCCUAUAGGCUUGCUAGGAUUUCUAGAAAUACUUAGAAGUACCUGCCCUGUUCUAAGGAGAGGUUUGAGUUGACCAAUGUUAAAGCAUGAGCUUCAUUUCUCCAUCUAAUACCAUGGAACCCAGUUUCCUUCACCCUAUGUGCAAGCCAAGCCCCUGCAUGGUAAUGUGUGGCUCAAGUGGAAGCCAUUUUGAAUCCAGAUGCCAGGGAUCAUGUCUGGUUUGUUGCUUUCUUUAACAUUGCAUGCUCCCUAAAAACGUGGAAUUGGUUAAUGGAGAGUCAGCAGUAAAGCCUGAAAAGGUAUCUUGUAUCUUGAAUAGGUUGAUUUUACGAGACUUAUAUGGUCCCAUACAGAAAGGAAUUAGGGUCAGCAGCAGUCAUCUGCCUUGGCCAUGGUGAGCCAUGAGAAGAAGAAUUCCCAAAAACGUCAAAGGAGUGGAUAAUACAAUAUCAAAACGAUAACAGUUCUCCUCAUUUGCCUGUGACCUAAUAUGAGGGAAAUUGGGCCCAAAGUGUGUCAAUGAGACUCGGGAGAGGCAGCAGCACGAUGCCUGGAGCGAACUUGUAUGAGCCAGAGGCUCCACUGGAGAGGGAAAUGGGCCAGCAGCACCACUAACGCAGCAGGAAUGCCAUGUCGCUCUGAAACUGUAGAGAUGGGAUUAUGUUAAAGCAGCGUUGUGAAGAGGUUGUGGGGAGGUUAUCACCUUGGUAGCAGGGUAACAGCAACAUGGUGUGGAACCACCAAGAACUCUCUUUCUCUCGCUCUCGCUCUCUCUCUCUCUGAUUAUCAUUCUCUCCACCUCUUGCCCCCGUCUCUCUCUCUCUCUCUCUCUCUCUCUCUCUCUCUCUCUUUCUCUCUCAUCUCUCUCCCUACUUCUAUCUCAGUUCAAUUAAAUUUGAAUUGCUUUAUUGGCCCAAUGUAACAAUGUCCAUAUUGCCAAAGCCUAUUUUGGAAAUGGAUAUGCUUAAAAUUUUUAACAUAAUACAAAAAUGUAUAAUAAUAAUCGGGAUUGUCAAUGAAACAACAAUCAGUAACAACAAUAAGGGUGGGGGGGUGAGUAUACCAAACAUUAAGAACACCGUUCCAGGCAUACCGAGUGGCUAAGUCUAAGGAACUGCAUCGCAGUGCUAGAGGCGUCACUACAGAUCCGGGUUCAAUCCCGGGCUGUGUCGCAGCCGGCCGUGACCGGGAGACCCAUGAGGUGGCGUACAAUUGGCCCAGUGUCGUCUGGGUUAGGGGAGGGUUUGGCCGGCUGGGAUGUCCUUGUCCCAUCGCGCUCUAGCGACUCCUUGUGGCGGCCGGGCACAUGCACGCUGACUUCGGUCGCCAGCUGUACGGUGUUUCCCCCGACACAUUGGUGCGACUGGUUUCCAGGUUAAGCAAGCAAUGUGUCAGGAAGCAGUGCGGCUUGGCGGGGUUGUGUUUCGGAGGACGCACGGCUCUCGAACUUCGCCUCUCCCGAGUCCGUACGGGAGUUGCAGCGAUGGGACAAGACUUUAACUACCAAUUAGAUAUCAUGGAAUUGGGGAGAAAACGCGGUAAAAUAACAUAAAUAAACACCGUUUUCAAUUGAGUUCCAACUGUAGAUACAAAAAUAUGUGGCCACCCCUUUAAAUUAGCCGAUUUGGCUAUUUCAGCCACACCCGUUGCUGACAGCCAUGCAAUCUCAAUAGACAAACAUUGGUAGUAGAAUGGCCUUUCUGAAGAGCUCAGUGACUUUCAAUGUGGCACCGUCAGAGGAUGCCACCUUUCCAACAAGUCAGUUUUAUGCCCUGCUAGAGCUGCCCCAGUCAACUGUAAAUGUUGUUAUUGUGAAGUGGAAACGGCUAGGAGUAACAACAGCUCAGGUGUGAAGUGGUAGGCAACACAAGCUCACAGAACUGGAAUGCCGAAUGCUGAAGCACGUAGCUCGUAAAAAUCGUCUGGUUGAAAGACUCACUACGGAGUUCCAAACUGCCUCUGGAAGCAACGUCAGCACAAUAACUGUUCAUCUGGAGCUUCAUGAAAUGGGUUUCAUAGCCGAGCAGCCUAAGAUCACCAUGCGCAAUUCCAAGCGUUGGCUGGAGUGGUGUAAAGCUCGCCGCUAUUGGACUCUGGAGCAGUGGAAACGCGCUCUCUGGUGUGAUGAAUCACGCUUCACCAUCUGGCAGUCCGA